GCUUCCAUCUCCCUUUAUAACCCCCUCCCUCUCCCCUCUCUCUCAUCCCACAGUAGCCAGAAAUAGCAACAAAAAUAAGAAGAAAGAAGGGAGUAAGGUAGCAUAGCGUACCUAUUGCAUAAAGAAGAAGAAAUGGUCGCUGGAUUCCGCCGUUCUAUUUCCUUCCCAGGGCAGAACCCUAGCAGCCCCGGCCCCAAAGGCCGGCGGCCGCCGGAGAAGGUCUGCCACGUCCGUUCCACAAGCCUUCCCUGCCGAUCCCACCCGGCCAUCGCCGGGCUCGAGGACGAGAUCCGUGCCCUCCGGGCCUGGCUGUCCCUGCCGGCGCCCGAGUCCGGCUCCCCGACCUGGAUCUCAACCGGCCUCGCCCGGAUCGACCUCCUUCACGCCUCCCUCGACGACCUCCUCCAUGUUCCCCAGGCCCAGGACACCCUCCGCCGCCAUUCCUCCGCUCGCUGGACCGACCGCCUCCUCGACGACUUCCUCCGCUUCGCCGACGCCUACGGCUCCCUCCGAUCCACCCUCAUGUCCCUCAAACAAACCCAGUCCGAGCUCCACACCGCGAUCCGCCGCCGCGAUGAGGCCCGCCUCGCGUCCUCCCUCCGGUCCCAGAAAAGAAUCGAGAAAGAUCUCGCCAAGCUCGCGGUCUCGAUACGGGAAGCGUCCAGAUCGCCGGCGCCUGCUCUGGCGGCGGAUGCGGCGGAGGUGGAGCUGGCGGGGAUCAUGAGGGAGGUGACGGCGGUUUCGGUGGCGGCUUCGGCGGCGGUUUUCUUAGGGAUCGGGGCGGUUUCCUCCACCGCGUCGGCGGCGGUGGCGGCGUCGACGUCGCGGGCGUCUUAUUGGGUGGUGGCGCCGCUGAGGAAGCUAUCGCUGUCGCAGUCUUCGUCGUUGAAGAAGAGGGAUUGGGAAGAGUGGGACGAUGGGGUGCUGGAGAGGUUGGAGGCGUUGGAGGAGUGCAUCGAGGCGUUGGAGAGCAAGAGCGAGAGGGUGUUUAGAAGCCUAGUAAACACCAGAGUAUUGCUCCUUAACAUCCUCACUCCCUCGUUAUAGAGUGGAAAGAAAAUGAGAACCAAAUCUACAGUGUAUAAUGAUAGGAUAAAAAAAUUAUGGAGCUUCCGGGGGGUUUGUACACAAGUUUUCUUCAGUUUUUUAGCUCAAGCAUGCAUGCAUGCAUGAGAUUUCCAUACUUAUAUGAACUGUUUUUCCAUGCGUCUUUGAAUCUUUUU